CAUUAGCUUUUGUUUUCAUGAAGAAAACGAUUAAAGGGACAAUUGGUUCUUCUGUUCCUGUGGUAAGAAACAAUUCCUAGCUACUUUUUUUUUUUGCUACAUGGACAAUUCACGUGCCAUUUUUGUUAAUGCUUCCUCUUGUGCUCGAUCCUACUAAUCCUCUCAUUAAUUAGGGGUCACAUUCUUUUAAGGAACCCUCUCCCAAUAAAAAUGGGAAAACUAAUUUUGAAUACUAAUUUCGUGGUCAAGAAGUUCUAGCCUAUUGUUGGAUUAUAUUUUCACUCAUAGCACAAGGGUUAACGGAAUUCAUUCUGGAAGUCUUGUACGUUGUUUGUGAGAAAGAGAGAUGGCAUACACUGAAAUGGCUUCUUUCCUGAACAAACUAACCGGGAAGCUGUUAGAAGAUGUGAAUUUGUUUCAUGAAGUGGUGGAGGAUCGUGUCUGGUCUCUUCUUUUCAUGCUAAAGAAGCUAAGGCCCUUUGUAAUGGAACUCCAAAGAAGGCAAAGGGAAGACAAAUUGAAGCCGCUAAUGAAGGACUUCAUAGGUUUACUCAAUGAGGCUGACGAUGCUAUCGACAUAUACAUUACCACUACCACUCCUCGGCGAACGGAAAACAUCUCUGGCAGCUCAAAGGAUAAAGACGUCGAUCAGAAGGCUGGUGAAGCACUUACAGGUAAAAUUGAGCGCAUCAAGUUGGAACUCAAGAAAUGGCACACACGUUGCCUUGAGGACAAAGACAAGAAGGUAGAAGGGCAGAAGGAUGAGGUAAAUGAGACAACUACUUCAACCCCACAGGUUGAAGAAGACAAAGAUGAGAGAAUUACUUCCAGGGCUCCCUCCCCACAGGUUGAAGACAAAGAAGACAAGAUAGAGGACCAGAAGGAUGAGGUAAAAGAGAGAAUUCCUUCCACCGUUUCAUCCCCACAGGUUGAAGACAAAGACGACAAUGUAGUAGGUCAGAAGGGUUCCUCCUCCGAAGUUGAGGACACAGAUGACAAGGUAGUAGGCAUGAAGAAUGAGGAAAACGAAAGUAUCAUUUCCUCCGCUUCCACCCCACAUGUUGAAGACAAAGAUGACAAUGUAGAGGGCCAGAAGGAUGAGAUAGAAGAGAAAACUACUUCCACGGCUUCCUCCCCACAAGUUGAGGACAAAGGUGAGAGAAUUACUUCCACAGAUUCCAUCCCACAGGUUGAGGACAAAGAUGACAAGGUAGUAGGUCUGAAGGAUGAGGUAAAGAAGAUGAUUGAACUGCUGAACGAUAAGGAUCCUCGACCUGAUGUCAUUCCAAUAGUUGGGCCAGGAGGUGUUGGUAAAACAACACUAGCUUUCAGAGUUUAUAAUCACCCAUCCACAAGAAAGAACUUCCCUUGUCGUGCAUGGAUUCCUGCAUUUAAUGACUACCCCUUGCCCAUGAAAGAUUUGUUGAAGAAAAUCAUCGAUGAGGUUCGUGAAUUUUCAAAAUUACCUGGAAGAAGAGAAGAAGCAGCAGCAGCGGUGGCGGCAGCGGCGGUGGUGGCAGACAACGAUCACCAUGGACAGAAGAAAAUCCUUAGGGAUUUGGCCAUUCAAACUUACAAGCUUUUGAAAACUUGUGGUAGGUACCUCUUUGUUUUCGACAAUGUUUGGAGAACCCAAUUCUGGACUGAUAUUAAUAUGAUCUUCCCCGAUGUUCGAGGUGGAGGAGGUAGGAUAAUUUUCACUACACGCUACAGUGAAGUGGCCUUAUAUGCAAGACCAAGAAGGCCUCCUGUUUAUCUGAAACCAUCCUUGAACAAUGAGGAGAGUUGGGAACUUUUCUGCAAGAAGGUAGCGUCCAGAUCCAGGGACAAUAUUGCUAGCACUAGCAGUGGAGGACCAUCUGUGGAAUCCCAAUCCCAAUCCCAAUCUCAGCCGGAGCCUAAUCAUCCAUGGAAAGAAUGGGUAGAUGCAUGUGGUGGGCUACCACUUGCAAUUGUUAAACUAGCAGAAGAACAUCAACGUCAAAAGUCGUCUUCACCAGUUGAUAAGGAGGACAAAGAAAGAUUCUCCAAGGGAAUUUGGGAAUUGAUUUACAAUUCCUUACCAGAUGAGUUGAAGCCGUGCCUGCUCUAUUUGGGGGUUAUCAAUUCUUUUCGCUAUACCCAAUUUAUGGAAUUGAUAAUUGCAGAAGGCCUUGUGCAACCACCAAGGAUGACAACUGUUCGAAGACAGAAGAUAGCAGGGGAAGUGGAAGAUUAUGAUAUAAUUGCAAAAGAAUAUGUUACUGAGCUCAUUAAGAGGAACCUGUUUGAGGUCGUGAGUAAGCAAUGGGAUGGAAGCAUCAAAGAAAUUGCCAUUUCCAAACGGUUUCAGUUGAUGAAUUUCUGUAUAUCCAAGGCCAAAGAAGAAAAUUUUCUGAAUUUCUUAGUCCCUGAGAAUAAAAAUCUUGUUCAGGAAGCAAACAGAGGUGCCCUACAAUGGCAGCAUGAGAAUUUCUUUGAACUCAAGAAUCCAGGUACUUCUUCUACAAUGAAACCCCGUUCUCUUUUGAUCCUGGAGUCCACAAUGUGGGCAUCAGAGAGAAUAUUUAGUGAAAGUUAUUGGGUUUUUGUUUUAAACAAUUACUCAUCUCUUAGAGUGUUAGAUUUGUUUGGUGUGGAUUUGAUCCAUAACAUUCCAAGUGAUAUUGGUAGUCGUCUAGUCCAUCUAAGAUACCUGAGACUGAAUUUAAAGGAAUUUGGAAAUAUAAGACUUCCACCUUCCAUAUUCAAUCUGUGGAACCUACAGUUUCUCCGAGUAAAGAGAAGUAAUUCCCGGUGGCUUUCGUCGGAAAUCCAGUUGGAAAAUUUCUGGAGAAUGAGACAAUUUAUGCAUAUUUUGUGUAGUGAUGUGAUUCGUCUUCCCCAACCACCACCACCACCAUCACCUCAGGAUGAUUUUGUUGGAGAUAAUCUCCAAAUGCUGAAGUAUGUCUCUGCUGAGUGUUGUACUAAGGAUCUCUUCUCAAGAAUACCCAAUUUGGUUAAACUGGGUGUUGGAGGGUCUAUACUGCAAGGGCAUAUUAAUGAAAUGUACAGCAAUCUUCAAGUAUUGACGAGGCUUCAGAAACUUGGGUUGAAAGGUUCAGCUACGAAUGAUCCCUUAUCUCUUCACAAAUGGGAGGGUGCGUCUCUGCAAAACAUCACCCACCUCACCUUCAAGAGGACACGACUAGUGGGAGACACCAUGAAAAUUCUGGGUGGGAAGUUACCAAAUCUUCAGGUCCUCAAGUUAUCAUCAAAUGCAGUUGUUGGAGAUGAGUUAUAUGGUACUACUGAUGCCUCUGGGUUUCGUAAGCUUAAAUGCUUGAAAUUUGAGAAAUUGGAUAUUAGGAAGUGGAAUCUAUCAGUGGGAGCAAUGCCAACUCUAGAAAUAGUUAUUAUUAGAAAUUGUAGAGCUCUCCAGGGUCUACCAUCAGAAGCUCUGUACAAAAUCGAGACUUUGAGGGAGUUGGAGGUGUAUCACUACGGUGAUCUAUCAGUUGAAACAGACGCAGAAGAGGUUCGUCAGAAACGCGCCGGGAAGGAUCCGCCGCUUCAGCUCCGGUUAGAACGAGGCAUCGUGAGUGGCAGGCAAAAUGGUCGCCCUCAAAUCUUCAAGGGCAAGCGGGGGGAAUGAAGAAUCUCUUAAAAUAAAGUCUUACAGUUCUCUUUUUAUGUUAACCAUUAGGAAAUGCUUUGGAAUCAAGUGGCUUGUGAAGGAGACAUAUCUGAAGUUUGUUUUCUUAUAAUUGGCUAAUUUGAUUUGUUGUUUUCUGAAAGGAUGAUUAUUAUUUCUUUUCCAUUCACUUCUAUUGCAUUUACUAUAUUAAUUUUGG